GACCCAUCCCCCCACCAUAUCGCUCCUACCCUUACCCUCCCCAGACCCCCUCGUCGCGCUCAACCUCCCCCCAAACUCCGCGCCGGAACAACCCCCCUCCGAAACCUCCGACAGAACUCCGCAGCCCAUCGCCAACCCGCCCUCGACAUCCCCCCAUCCACAUCCACAAUGGCACGAAAAGCCCUCGCAAAAGACCAAAUCGUCAAAUUAAUAGUCGGCGCGGGCCAGGCCUCGCCCUCGCCGCCCGUCGGUCCCGCGCUGGGUAGCAAGGGAGUGAAGAGCAUGGAUUUCUGCAAAGAAUUCAACGCCCGCACCGCGCACUACAACCCCGGCACGCCCAUCCCCGCCCGCAUAACAGUGCGCCCAGACCGCUCCUUCACCUUCUCCCUGCGCACACCGCCAACCGCCACGCUCCUCCUAACCGCCGCGGGCGUCGCGCCCACAAAGUCCAAGAUCCGCGGUGCUGGCAAUGUGCCUGGGCCGACGAACAAUCACGACGGGCAAAAGGGCAAGACGAGCACGAACAGCCCCACGGUCGGGAAUGCUGUGAAAGGCACGGUUGGAACUGUCAGCUUGAAGCAUGUUUAUGAGAUUGCGCGGAUUAAGCAGGGGGAGACGAGGUUGAGUGGGUUGGGGCUUGAGGGGUUGGCGAGGAGCGUUGUGGGGCAGGCGAGUAGUUUGGGGGUUGUGAUUGUGCCGUGAGGUGGGGUGGAUGGAUGGAUGGAUGGAUGGAUGGGGGGAGAUGUGGAGGGAUUGAGGGUAUACCCUUUCCGUCUUCGAGAAGAUGAAAAAAGAUACAUGGUUAUAUACCCUACGCAUAUAUCAAAAACACAAAAUCUAUCCUCUGC